AUGGUCUCCCCGCGGAUGGCCCGGCUCCUGUCGCGGACGGUGAUGCUGGCGCUCUUUUUCCUCCCCCAGGCACGCCCGGCCGGCGUCUUCGAGCUACAGAUCCACUCUUUCGGGCCGGGACCAGGCCCGGGGGCCCCGCGGUCCCCAUGCAGCACUCGGGGUCCCUGCCGCCUCUUCUUCAGGGUCUGCCUGAAGCCAGGGGUCUUUGAGGAAGCCGCCGUAUCCCCGUGCGUCUUGGGCGCGGCGCUAAGUGCACGCGGACCGGUCUCCUCUGAGCAGCCCGGGGCGCCCGCGCCCGACCUGCCGCUGCCGGACGGCCCCAUGCGCGUGCCCUUCCGGGACGCCUGGCCGGGCACCUUCUCUCUCAUCAUUGAGACCUGGAGAGAGGAGUUAGGAGAGCAGAUUGGGGGGCCCGCCUGGAGUCUGCUGGCGCGCGUGGCCGGCCGGCGGCGCCUAGCGGCCGGGGGCCCGUGGGCCCGGGACGUGCAGCGCGCAGGCGCCUGGGAGCUGCGCUUCUCGUACCGCGCGCGCUGCGAGCCGCCCACCGUCGGGGCCGCGUGCACGCGCCUCUGCCGCUCGCGCAGCGCCCCCUCGCGGUGCGAUCCGGAACUGCGCCCCUGCGCGCCGGUCGAGGACGAGUGCGAAGCUCCGCUGGCAUGUCGAGCAGGCUGCAGCCCAGAGCAUGGCUUCUGUGAGCAGCCUGAUGAAUGUCGAUGCCUGGAGGGUUGGACUGGGCCCCUCUGCACAGUCCCCGUCUCUACCAGCAGCUGCCUCAGCCCCAGGGGCCCACUCUCUGCCACCGCUGGAUGCCUUGUGCCUGGGCCUGGGCCCUGUGACGUGAACCCCUGUGCCAAUGGGGGCAGCUGUAGUGAGACACCCGGGUCCUUCGAAUGCACCUGCCCCCGGGGGUUCUAUGGGUUGCGGUGUGAAGUGAGCGGAGUGACAUGUGCGGAUGGACCCUGCUUCAAUGGCGGCUUGUGUGUUGGGGGUGCAGACCCUGACUCUGCCUACGUCUGCCACUGCCCACCUGGUUUCCAAGGCUCCAACUGUGAGAAGAGAGUGGAUCGUUGCAGUCAGCAGCCAUGCCAGAAUGGUGGGCUCUGCCUGGACCUGGGCCAUGCCCUGCGCUGCCGCUGCCACGCAGGCUUCGCGGGUCCACGCUGCGAGCACAACCUGGACGACUGCGCCGGCCGCGCCUGCGCCAACGGCGGCACGUGUGUGGAGGGCGGCGGCGCGCGCCGCUGCUCCUGCGCGCUGGGCUUCGGCGGCCGCGACUGUCGCGAGCGCGCGGACCCGUGCGCCGCGCGCCCGUGCGCUCACGGCGGCCGCUGCUACGCCCACUUCUCCGGCCUCGUCUGCGCCUGCGCGCCCGGCUACAUGGGCGCGCGGUGCGAGUUCCCCGUGCACCCGGACGGCGCGGACGGCGGCGCAGGCGCGUUCCCCGCGGCCCCGCCCGGCCCGAGGCAGGAGGGCCCGCAGGGCUUUCUUUUGCCGCCGGCUUUGGGACUGCUGGUGGCCGCGGGUUUGGCCGGCGCUGCGCUCCUGCUCGUCCGCCUGCGUCGCUGUGGCCCUGGCCGGGAUACUGGAUCGCGCUUGCUGGCGGGGACCCCAGAGCCAUCGGUCCGCGCGCUCCCUGAUGCACUCAACAACCUGAGGACGCAGGAGGACUCGGGGGAUGGCCGGAGCUCGUCCGUAGAUUGGAAUCGCCCUGAAGAUGGAGACUCUCGAACGAUAUACGUCGUAUCUGCUCCUUCGAUGUAUGCUCGGGAGGUAGCUACUCCCUCUGCCCACGCUGGGCACGCUGGGUGGAGGCAGCCCUUGGUUUUUCUCUAG